UAAAAAAAUGGCCACGUCAUUGUUUUUGACGAGAUUGCUUAAAUAUGACACAGCCGCUUUUGUGUUUGCCUGUUUGUUUGGACUGAUCGUUAGGAACACCUUUGGUUUUUGCGACAGUAUGAACUUUUGUCCACCUGGGUAUUAUAGAAGGGACGGACAGCGGGCAAGAAUUCCUUGUCCAGAGAACACAUAUUUUACAGGAUCGCAUAGUAUCACAAAUUUGAAUGACUGUCCUCCUUGUGAAGGGGGUUAUUAUUGUCCACCUGGAAUAGUGAGUAGAUGUCCCGAAGGAUUUUACUGCCCACCUGGAUCGGGCAUGAUAGCGUGUCCAGCUGGAGCACAAUGUCCAUAUGGUUCUGAUCGAGCGCAUCACUGCCCACCUGGUACAUACUCCCAUGCGCGAUCUACCCACUGUUUGCCUUGCCAGAACGGGACAUUCAAUGGUAGACAUUUUCAACGAAAGUGCGUCCCUUGUGCUAAGGGCUUCUACUGCCAUGAAGGGGGGACACAAUAUCGACCACCUGGACAACAAUGCCAACCCGGGAAUUACUGUUUUCAAGGAAUACAAAGGCUGUGCCCAGCUGGCACGUUUCAACCGUAUCAGGAACAGAAUACAUGUUUUCCAUGUCCUAAAGGAUCUUACUGCGCUGGGCAAGGACAAACAGCUAUUACUGGAGCAUGCACACCAGGGUGGCACUGUGGCGAACAAUCAACCAAUCAACAACCAACUCCUUGCAGACCAGGACACUUUUGCCCUCAUGGCUAUGAGAUACCUUGUGGACUUGGACUUUUUCAACCACUAGAAGGUCAGACAGAAUGUGCACAUUGUCCGCCAUCAUUCUAUUGCAACAUAAAGGCAUCAACAGCAGUAACUGGGCCUUGUCAAACCGGUUGUUGCAUCCAUGGAUUACAUACCUCACCAAACGAUUGCGACCCUCCGAAUCCCCAGUGUUCCAUAAGAGGUUUAGUUGGGGGAACAUGCCAACCUUGUCCAGUCGGGAAAUAUUGUCCAUACAAGGAUAUUCCAGAAGGUCAAGCUCCAUUCUGUGAAGAUGGGUAUAAUUGUGAUGGUGGAGCUACCUAUCCUAAUCCAAUGGCAAAGCUUUGCCCUGUCGGGCAUAAGUGUAGACAUCACUGA